AGCCCCAGAUUAACAAGCAAUCUUUGUGAAAUUGUUUCUCUUCAACAUAUAUUGCUUAUGAAUUCCACUCAUCAGAAGCAGCUGCAAAUUCCAAAGCCUUUUUAGAAGAGAUUAAAUCCAUGGAUUUGCAUAGCAAGAUCUUGCUACUAACAUUGGCUUUGGCUGCAGCAACACUAGCUCCAUCUCCGGUAGCUUCUCAGACGAAGCCCGGCUGCCUCGGUAGCUGUGGCAACGUCAGCAUCCCCUUCCCAUUUGGCAUCACCCCUGAAUGCUACCUUGAUGAUUCUUUCCUCAUCACCUGCAACAACUCUAAGCCAUUCUUGCGAAAAAGCAAUAUAGAUCUGCUCAACAUAUCGCUCGAUGGCCUGCUACGUGUCUCGGCCUCUAUUGCUAGCGACUGCUACAACGAGUCUGGCUUGCCAGACAACUACAUCAUGAACCUCACCGUGCCCAAGUUCUUCAUCUCCAGCAAGCAAAACAAGUUCACGGCUGUUGGCUGCGACACGGUUGCAGUGGUGGAAGGAACGAAAAGCCUGAACUACACGACAGGCUGCCUGUCCAUCUGUGGUGACCCCAAGACAGUACACAAUUGAUCAUGCAAAGGCAAUGGAUGUUGCCAGAUUGACAUUCCACAGGGAGCAAAUGACUUUUCAGUAACCGUAACAAGCUCUUUCAACCAUUCCAAGGUGUUUGGUUUCAACCCUUGUAGCUAUGCUUUUGUGGUCGAGAAAGAGGCUUUCAACUUCUCGACUGCAGAUCUUAAGGAUUUACGGGGCAUAAGUUCCGUCCCUGUCGUGCUCGACUGGUCAGUGGGGAAAGAAACUUGUGAACAUGCUAAGAACUCUUCCAGCUAUGCUUGUAAAGCCUUGAAUAGCACAUGCCACAAUCCAAGCAAUGGACCUGGCUAUCUUUGCAACUGCAUUUCAGGCUAUCAAGGGAAUCCUUACAUUCUUGAUGGCUGCGAAGAUAUCAAUGAAUGCGAACCCUCGAACCCUUGCAAUGGAAAAUGCAGAAAUUUGCCAGGGAGUUUCGAAUGUUCUUGCCCAGAGGGAUACGAAGGAAUGAAAAAUGGAACAAGUUGCCGGAAAAAGGUUCGGAACAGGGGAUCUACCCUGCUUGCUACCGGUUUUGGUUUAAGCAUGGGACUUCUGGUUUUAUUUCUGGGAAGUACUUGGAUUUAUUGGAUGCUGAGGAGAAGAAAGUUCUUGAAGCUCCGAGAGAAGUUCUUCCGGCAAAAUGGCGGCAUCAUGUUGCAGCAGCAAGUCUCCAAAUAUGAAAGGUCGGUUGAAACAGCCCGAAUCUUUACUGAAGAAGAUCUCAAGAAGGCUACCAACAACUAUGAUGAAAGUGGAGUCAUUGGUCAAGGAGGGUUUGGAACGGUUUAUAGAGGAGUUUUGCCGGAUAAAAGAGUGGUUGCCAUUAAGAAAUCAAAAAUAAGUGAUCAGAACCAGAUUGAGCAGUUCGUUAAUGAGGUGAUUGUCCUUGGACAAAUCAACCAUAGGAAUGUGGUAAAGCUUUUAGGCUGUUGCUUAGAAACAGAAGUCCCCUUGCUGGUUUAUGAAUUCAUCACGAAUGGAACACUCUCGGAUCAUAUUCACCAAGAAAAACGUUCAUUGUUGCUUGCAUGGGAAAUGCGCCUAAAGAUAGCAGCCGAAACUGCAGGAGCUCUUGCGUACUUGCACUCUGCUACUUCUACGCCAAUAAUUCAUAGGGACAUUAAAAGUACGAACAUCCUUCUAGAUGACAAUUACACUGCAAAGGUUGCCGAUUUUGGAGCUUCAAGACUGGUCCCACUGGAUCACACUCAACUGGCCACAUUGGUACAGGGGACAUUUGGAUACUUAGACCCUGAAUAUUUCCAUUCAAGCCAGUUGACAGAGAAGAGUGACGUUUACAGCUUUGGCGUCGUCCUUGCGGAGCUGAUAACCGGGAAGAAGGCACUUUCUUUUGACAGACCCGAGAAGGACAGAAACCUGGCAAUGUAUUUCAUUUCUGCGAUGAAAGAGGAUCGUCUUCAUGACAUUCUUGACCAAAAAAUGGUGAACGAGAAGCACUUGGGACAGAUUAAGGAAAUAGCCAAGUUAGCAAAGGGGUGCCUGAGAGUAAAAGCAGAAGAAAGGCCAACUAUGAAAGAAGUAGCUAUGGAGAUAGACAGUCUGAGGAUGAUGAAACAUCAUCCGUGGGAAGAUGUACAUUUGUACCCUGAAGAGUCCGAGCAGCUCCUUAAGCAAAGCAUACCUUCAGAUGGCCACUAUGGUGCUUCGGGCAGCAACUUUAGUGUUAGCACCAAUGCUGGUUACGACAGCACGAGGGAUCAAAUGGUGGUGCCACUAGAUGAUGGAAGAUAGUCAUGCUGUAAUUACCAAUAAAAGCAGGCUAAUUAAGGCCAAAGGAAAAAUAAAGCUGCACGAGCAUAUUUCUUACAUUAUUACUCGGUGAUUAAGCUAAGACGCAGGCUUGAGUUCUAAAGCAUCCAAAACGAUCAGGUUUCAGCCAAGGAACAGUUGGAAGAUGAAUGCUGUCAACAAACUUCACUAGCAACUGAUUUAUAAAGCCUGAAUGCUGUCAAGCGAUGUUCUAAAUCCAAAGGCCAUAUUUUUCUCUAUCUUUAUCAUUAUAGCUUGAGGGAUUCUCUGAAUACUUUUCUUAGAAGACGUGUUUAGGACUGCCGAUGUGGAGUCAUAAAUAUUGUUUAGUUGAAUGUUUCAAAAUUGUUCCU